AAUUAAAGCCUUAAUUUGGCGGAAGAAAUAUCUGUCCAGAAAAGGUCUAUGGGAUUAGGAUAAUGCGCAAGAAAUCCUUCACCACGAGAUGCCACGUGGAUGAAGAUAAUGUUCCGAGGCCUUGUGGCAGUGUAAAUGAAGAAACCUCGCAUAGUGAUGCAGAUUCAGAUGUUGUUCAGAUAUCUCCUCUCUUCCUCAUGGAUAGUUCGGGUCGUCCGGUUUUGCAGGAUGGUACACCCGUUGUUGAACCGGAAGUCGUUGAUUCAGUGACAGAUGAAAAUUCAGCAAAUUCACGAAAUGGCUCAAGAAUACCGUCUAGCUUCAGCCCAGGUGUUAUGGACUGUGUUAAAUGCACCGCUUGUUGCUAUAAAAUACAACCAUUCACUAUGCCAUUUAGUGUACAUCCAUUACUGAAAGUAUUGUUAUGCAAUCGUUGUACAAAGUACUGUGAAAAACAAAACUUUGCCAAAGACGAGUCAGGAAAAGAUGAAAACUGCAAAUGGUGUUCGGAUGGUGGAGAUCUUGUUUGCUGUGACAACUGUUCUCAUGCAAUUUGUAAGAAGUGUAUCAGGCAGAAUUUGGGCAGAACUUAUUUGCGUAAUGUUGAGUCUCUGGGUGAAUCGGAUACUUGGAAUUGCUUUGUUUGCGAUCCAACACCCAUCAAAGCACUACAAGACAACUGUUCUGAGAUUGUCGAUAAAGUUGCAGAAUACGAAGCUAUCAAAAAACGCCGGUCAAUGAGAGGUCAGGAAAGUCGACGAUCUCGUAAUAAAAGCCAAGCUAAUGAGCAUACUACCGGUGAUGUAUUUAAUUCGUCUUCUAGUCACAUGAACUUUAUGACUCCCAACACCACUGUAGAAAUGCCUAAACCAACCACAUUGCCAAUUCCUGAUAUACAUUGUACCAAUGUUGUCAAUCCUAAAGGCAUUAUUAAAAUAUUCAAAGUCAAUACACCGGCUGUUGUAAUUAAUCCUGCACCAUUAACCUCUGAAUCAAUUGAUCUUCAUAGUAUUUUUAGUCAAAUAUCAAGUGUGAAUGAGACAAAUGUUAAAACUGCAUUACGUGCUUCUCAAAAGUGUUUAGACAUAUUUCUUAAAGAUAUUCGUCGAUUAGAAAAUAAUCUAAUGCGUAAUCCACCUGUAAUGGAGUUGAGUCAAGUGGCUCAAUCAUUUCAAAGUAUUUAUAAAUUUCAUUUAUUUACACGUUUGGGUAAUUUAAGCGCCAGAAUGCUAGAAGAAGAAGAACUCAUUAACAAGACAUCAAGAAAUACUACUAUUAUCAAUAAUAAUAAUAAUAAACAAACAAUCUCAUUCCAUCCAGUGACUAUACUUCCAAAAGUCAAUACAAUUCCAAUUGCUGUUCCUAUAUCGACUAAUCCAGUGAAUAUGACAAUUGAUCUAACAAAUGAAGACAGUCCUUUGAAAUCCAACACUUCAGAGAGUGGAGCAUUAGUCGUCAGUUCUCAAUUGAUUAGUACACAACAAACAACACCUACAGUUACAAACGAUAUUAACAAUAUCAAAAGUAGUAGUAAUCAUAAUGAUAACAAUAAUAGUAAUAAUAAUAAUAUUAAUAAUAAUAGCAGUAACAGUUACAAAAGAAGGUUAAGCGAAUCAGAAAGUGGGGAAAAAUUGGAGUGUGGAAAAAAGCGCAAAUUAGGUCUGAUUAUUGAAUCAGAUACAGUAAAAAAAGAGGAUCGAUUAUGUAAAGAAAAGAAGCCAUCUGAGGAAGAAGAUUUAGAAAGGGAAUUGCAUAACUUGGAACGUAUCUGCACUAAGGCUAUUAAUAGUAGUCUGUCGGAACAAUCUCACUCUAGUACAGUUGAAAAAGAGCAUGAUGAAUCAAAUGAAAAUCUCAAACAUGACAAGAAGAAUACUGAGAAUACUACUGAAAAUGAGAACACUGUUAAUCGACGAAUAACCCGUAGGUCGUGUAAAACAACUGAUACAAAAGAAGAUGAAUUUGAAGAUGAUUCAUGGUCGAUUGAAGAUAAUCUAAAUUCAUCAUUUCAAAAUAAUAGUAAUAAUAAUAUCAAUGCAGAUUCCACUUUUGAUGGUUCUGAAUCAAAUGAUCCUCUAGUCUCUAGCAAGGAUGACGCACAAACUUUACUACAAGAUCAGUUGGAAAGAAAAACAAACGAUUAUUUGCACAAUUUGAAUGCUCGUGAUGCUUUAUUAAAAUCUAGUUCAGAUGAUGAUGAUGACAGUCCCGGUGAAGGUGGCAAUGAUGAUCAUGAUGACGAUGUACGAGAUGAUGAAAAAGCUGCAGAUAACCUCAUCAAGAGGAAGAAACCUACUCCCGAUGCAAUAAAUGGUAACAGCGCCAAUGAUAAUAAUAUUACUGAAGAUGUCACACAUAGUAGUGAUUCAAAUACUUCUCAGAAGGAUGCAGGAAAAUCUCCUGAGUCAUCUGAUCCCUUUGUACGCUUAACGCGUCUAACCAAUGCGGCUGUGAAUGAGAACUUGGAAAAUCAUCAUAAAAAAGCGAAUAAAGCGCAUCAUUCUUCACUCCUCGAUGAUGAUGAUGAAGAUGACGAGAACGAGGACAACAAAAAUAAAGACAAUCAUGAUGUUGAUUUAGAUAAACAGAGUCAGUCAGAAUCUCUUUCUAAUAGGAAAGCUAUUGAUGCAAAGCCUAGUAGGCGAAAUCGGAGAGUGCUUUCUAGUUCUGAAUCUAAUGCUGAUGAUGACGAGGAUGAUGAUCACAAAGAUAAUAAAAACGGCAGCAACCAUCACCUUGAUGAUGAUGAUGAAGAAAGUGAACAAAGCACAUCCAGUGAGUCGCACAAUUCUAAACAACAACAACAACUGAAAUCUCGUCAUAAAGUCAAACCGAAUAAGUUGAAAACUCUUCGAAUUACUAGAUCACAAAAACAAUUACUAUCAGGCAAAUCAAAAGUUCAUCGCUCUGACGACGAUGAUGAUGGUGGUGGUAAUGAUGAUAUUGAGGAUGCGGAAGAUGAAGACGACAGCGACAACGAAGAAGAUGGUGAGAAAGAAAAGAAGAGGAAACAGCAGCAGAAGAAGACGAAGAAGAAGGCGGAUACCAAUUCUCCAACUGACGAAACAGCUACUAAGAAACGUCAACAGAAAUCUUAUCGUAAGAGAAGGCUGAGACGUGUACGCCUGGCGAAUUCAGAUGAGAGUGGCGAUGAUGAUAAUAAUAAUAGUGAAGAAGAUGAUGAUAAGGAUGACGCAAAUCUAAAGAAGGCCAAAGAAGAUAAAGAUAAAGCAGAAAAGCAUGAAGAGGAAACAGAUGAAGGGCUAGAUGCUAAAGGUCGGAAGAAGAUAAGACGAAUAUACACUAAUAAUAAACUGUCUGAAGCUACUAAGGCUGCACAAGCCAGUGAAGAAGAACGUCGACGUCGUAUAGCUGAAAGACAGAAAAUGUAUAAUGAAUUCGUUGUACAAGAUGGUGAAGGCAUCAAUACAGUUACAACAAAGUUGAUUUUAGAUCCUGGUGAUCCUGUUAUCGAAGUACAUCCAGGAAUAUUGAAGCAUUUAAAGCCACAUCAAGUUGAAGCUGUUCGCUUUCUAUGGGAUUGUACCAUUGAAUCAGUGGAGCAUCAAAAAUCGUGCAAUAAUGAAUCAUCUUCUACAACAACAACAACAACUGGGAAUGGUGCAAUUCUUGCUCAUUGUAUGGGAUUAGGCAAAACACUCUCGGUCAUCUCAUUCUUGCAUACACUACUCAGAUAUCCAAAACAACUGAAUAUUCGAACAUGUUUAAUUAUCUGCCCAGUGAAUACAUUACUCAAUUGGAAACAUGAAUGGGAUAUGUGGUUACCUGAAGAUGAACCUGUCGAUGUAUUUGAAUUGGCCUCGAAAGGCAGUAGUAGAUUUAAGUUGGAAAUUCUAGAAAAUUGGCAUAAAAAUGGUGGUGUACUUAUCAUCGGUUAUGAUAUGUUUCGUAAUUUCGUUAUGACAUUAAUGAAACGAUCAAGGAGUAAACAUGUGAAAACUACAAUCUCAUCAGGUUUGCUUAAUCCUGGUCCAGAUAUUGUUGUCUGUGAUGAAGGACAUUUAAUGAAAAAUGCUAAAACGCAUAUAUCGAAGGCUGUAUCACAAAUUCGUACUACUAAACGUGUUAUAUUAACUGGAACACCGUUACAGAAUAAUCUAAAUGAAUAUCAUGCAAUGGUUGACUUUGUCAAACCAAAUUUAUUAGGAACUCUUAAAGAAUUUAAUAAUCGUUUCGUUAAUCCAAUUAAAAAUGGACAACAUUCGAAUUCUACGCCAAGAGAUGUUAACAUAAUGAAGAAAAGGGCUCACAUUUUAUAUAAAACGUUGGAUGGAUGUGUUCAGCGUAGAGAUUACAGUGUAUUAACUAAAUAUCUACCGCCUAGGCAUGAAUAUGUGAUAAUGUGUAGAUUAACAAAAGUUCAACAAGAAUUAUAUGCCUAUUAUUUAGAAAAUUUUAAUGAUCUGGAUAUCACUAAAAAUAAUAAUCGAGAUGAUACGCAUCGUCGGAAGACAUUGUUUACAGUUCAACAAACACUCUAUCGGAUAUCUACACAUCCUUAUGCAUUACGCAUACAUGAAACCAAAGAAGCUCGUAAAAUGCUUCUAAUGAGUGAGGAUAGUUUUAUUGAUGAUUCCGCGAACUCAUUAGAAUCUUCUUCUACUUCAAGUAAUUCAGCUCCUUCAGAUACUAGUGAAGACGACGACGAUGAUGAUGAUGGUGUUGCUGAUGCUGACGACAUUGUUGGAAAGAAAAAGACUAAAAUCGAUGAAAAUGGUGAUGAUGAUGACGAUGUUGACCAAAAGACCAAAGAGAACAACAACAACAACAGUACAGUUAAUAAAAAAUCACUUAGUCGACGUCGACGUCGUCUUCGUCGUCCUUUAACUCGUCAAGAAGCAAAAAAUCCAACAACAGUUAUCCUUGAUUCAGACAGUAACGAUGAUGAUGAUGAUGACGAUGAUGAUUCUGACAGUGUUACAGAUAUUGAUGGAUCUCAAAAACCCUGGUGGUAUCAAUUUUAUAAAGAUGAAUAUGACUGGCAAAUUAAUGUAGGCGCUAAAAUGGAUGUUCUCUUUAAUAUAUUGAAACGUUGUUCAGAUAUCGGUGAUAAAGUGAUCCUGUUUUCGCAUAGUUUAAUAUCAUUAGAUUUAAUUGAAAAGUUUCUAGCUGAAAUUAGUCGUCAAUGGUCAGUUCUUCAGAACCAGUCUUCAGACCAGAAAACGGAAGAGAAUGCUGAAAAUGCUGAUACAUUAAAUCGUCCAGAUUUAUCAUCAUAUUUCUCUGAUAUCGGACAUAAUACAUGGAUACGUGGUUUAGAUUAUGAACGUAUGGACGGUAGUAUGAAUGUGAAUGUACGCAAAGAUUUACAGGCACGGUUCAAUUCAACAAGUAAUACACGUCUACGAUUGUUUAUUAUAUCAACGAAAGCUGGUGGUUUGGGUAUUAAUUUAAUCGCUGCAAAUCGUCUUGUCCUACUCGAUGCAUCAUGGAAUCCAAGUCAUGAUAUACAAUCAAUAUUUAGAAGUUAUCGUUUUGGUCAGCAUAAACCAGUGUAUAUUUAUCGUCUGAUUGCCCAAGGAACAAUUGAAGAAAAAAUCUAUGAUCGACAGGUAACGAAACAGUCACUAUCACUACGAGUAGUUGAUGAACUACAAAUUGAUCGACACUUUUCAGAUGAUGAUUUACAAAAAUUGUUCACUUUUGAACCAGAUAUCUGGAAUCCUGAAGAUGAUAAUGAUAAUGAUAAACGUCCUACACCGAUAUUGCCUAAAGAUCGUCUGCUCGCUGAUAUGCUUACAGAAUAUCGACAUUUAAUAGCCACCUACCAUAAUCAUGACUCCUUAUUACAGCACAGGGAAGAUGAAGGCUUAACAGAAGUGGAACGUCAAGAAGCCUGGAGAGAAUAUGAAGAAGAAAAACAAUACGGUAUGUCAUUAGCUGAACACCAGCGUCUGGUAAUGCUGCAACAACAAUGGAUAGCUCAACAACAACAACAAAUUCAACAACAGCAACAACUAUUUCAUCUACAAUAUCUUCAACAACAACAACAGCAACAAUACCACCACCAACAACAGCAACAUCAACUCCAGCAUUUUAUAUUGCCAAAUUUCCAAUUCCCUACAGUCUCAUCACCAAAUACUAGUGGGCAGACAAUUGUGAUUAGUGAUGAUAAUAGUAAUCAUAGUAAUAACGAUAGUCAAGUGGUGACGUCACCACCAGUAGUGCAUAGCGGUAAUGUUGUUUCACCUAAUAAAAAUACUAAGAAGAAUACUAAGAAUACUAAUACUACUGUGACAAAUCCAGGUUCUCCUACGAUGGCGAUGGCGACGACGGCAGCAUCUGCUAACAACUCCACUAGAAAUACUACUGAUCUUCAUCAUUCAGUUGGUUCACAACUGAUUACCGAUAUUAAUACCACUGCUAACAACAGCAACAACAACACUGGGAGCGGUAGUAAUAGUAGUAGUGCAUCGGUGGCUGUCCAUCCGUCUAGAAUUCAACAAGCACGUUAUAUAACACCGGCGAUUAAUAAUUUGCCAAGUAAUGCUUAUGGUCGAAUGUAUUCACAAGUUCGUCGUGGUGCUAUCCUUAAAGAUCCCAGUUUAAUAUCAGAUCCAGAGAAAUUGGAUAAAUUAACAAUGAAUAAAUUAGUGAGUGUAUUAACCACUCCAGUGCUAGUCAAUACCGAUGAUGUACAUGAUCCGAAUCCUUUUACAAUGAUGAGAAGUAGUAGUAAAGCAUCCCACAAUCCACAAUCAAAAAAUUAAUUUACACUAUCCAUUCACUAUCAUCCAGCUUUUAAAUCUUCAUCACACAAUUGAAUUAACACAGAUAUAAUAUACAAAAUUGUACAUAUCUAUAAUCAUAAUGAAUGAAGUAUAAAUUUAUAUAUAGGAGAUAUUUAGCAAUGCUUUCACCGUUGUUGUUGUGACACAUACAUAAUUAAAUGGUAUAGGUAUGGGUGUGUGUGUGCGUGCAGGACUGUCUGUCAUUCAUGCACCGUCGUUGCUUAUAGACACACGCACACAAAAUUUAAGAGAGACCAGUUGGUUUGUUAUGAAACGUAUAAACAUGUGUAAAUAAUAAUUAUAUAAUAUUAAGAAAAAGUAUUCACUCUUUAAUAAUAUAUAUAUAUAUAUUUAUUCACA